CCAAACAAAGUCCCUUAAUGACCAAAAAAAAAAAAAAAAGGCCUUUACCACUAAUUUUAAUCUUUUUUCUUCGGAUUAUCCAAACUCACCGCUACAAUCUUACCACUAUCACCGCUCCAAACAGACCGGCCCCUUUAUUUUGGAUACCGGUGGCAGGUGAAAGUGGCGAUUUGCGGGAUUUGCGAAAGCAAAAUCAUGAAUCUUUAUUCUUAAUUGAAUCAAGAGAUUCCAACUUGAAAUUUAAGAAAUGGAAAAGUGGUCAAAAUGGGUCGUUUUCUUGUUUUUUUGCUUAUCAGUUUGUAUCCGAAUCCCAUAUGUUUCUUCGUCUACUGCCCCUCUUCAAGGAAAUCAGGGUAACAAAAAAUCUUCAGCUGCAAGAACCUUUAAGCUAGAGGAGGAUGUUCAUGUAGUACGUUGUUCAAGAGAAAGGAGUAGAGCAGCAUGGAAAGUAAUUGAAGAGUAUCUAAUGCCGUUUGUGGAGCAAGAGCGAUACAAGAUUUCAAGUGGAUGUAGGCUUCACCCUGACAAUGAUUUGUAUAGAGAUCAGGAACAGCACAAGCAUCAUCUAGAUAUAAACGAAUGGCGAUGUGGGUACUGUAGAAAGAACUUCUAUGAAGAGAAGUACCUGGAUAAGCAUUUUGACAACAGACAUUUUGAUUUGCUGAAUACGAGUCAUAGUAGGUGUCUGGCUGACCUGUGUGGUGCAUUGCAUUGUGACCUUGUCAUGGAUUCUUCACUCCGCAAGACUAAGUGCAAUCCUGCUGCUGCUGCAAGGAAUAAACAUCUUUGUGAGAGUCUUGCUGAUAGUUGUUUUCCGGUUAGCAAAGGUCCUGUAUCAGGCCGUCUUCAUGAAUUCUUCUUGCGGCAAUUCUGUGAUGCCCACACUUGCAGCGGUGGUCCAAAACCUUUUCCUAAAGGACAAAAGAACCGAACAAGUAUGCUUUACAUUUCUCUAUCCGUUUUGACUUUGAUGCUGCUGCCUCUUUUCUACUUCUUCAUUUACUUGUACCAAAGGGGAAUUAAAAGUGGGUCACAAGAGCUAAAACGAAUCUCACUAAGUGGUCGUAAGAAAAAAUCGUUUUAAACAUACAAGGCUUCUAUAUCAUCAAUCAUUAUAAGGGUUUUAGCUGUUUUAUGCUCUCUAAACUGCAACACAAAGGUUUCUCCAUUUGUUCACUUGACCAAGUUUUAUUUGAACAGUGCUGCAUAGCUUACAUCUGUUUCCAUCUCUCGUAUACAUGUGUUGUGCAUGUAUGUCAUGUUUCGUUUUCUUUUCUUUUCGAUACUUAUCAUGCAAGGAUAGAUGCAAUAUAAACUAAACUACAGAAUCUAUAGGAUAAAACUCUCCUAUUUUGUUGGGCAUAAGAAGGGUUUUGGUUGUUUCCUCCUAAGGCCAUGACCAUAUAAAAGCAAGUAUACAUGGAUAUAUGUACGUAUGUAUGCGUCUCCCUUCCUUUACAUGUGAAACAAGGAAGUGACAAAGCGCUGACCCGGCAACUUCUGAUUAGCUCCAUAUAUUCAUCAGUAAAGAAUUUGUUAUAUAUAUAUAUAUAUAUAUAUAUAUAUAUUUACGUGUGUGUGAUGGAUGUGUUUGUAAUAUUAUUUGUAGUGAAAACUGAAAUUAUAUCAUGUUCGAAACAUACAA